AUUGUUUGGGUGGAUCAUGAUUGCUGUGAUAUACUUCUGGUCUGAAUGCCUACUUGGAUAAAUACAUCUAGCUCCUUAUUCAUACAGUUAAGUCGUGGCUUGUGUAUAAUACAUGUUCAUUCACUAUCUGCACUGAACAGUAAACACAGACAUGGUAGUGUGGCUUUUUAAUGCCUCCUUUUUGUUCCCCUAAUUUCUAACUUCAUCAAUCACAGGGGAAGAAACAGUAUGUCAUUCAAGACAAACACACAAAUACAGUAACUGCAGUGUUUGGUGGGCAAACAGAUGGUUGCAUGAUAUAAAUUCAUGGCAUGCACUCUCUCCUUAACUAAUAGAUCAUCUUUUUAAAGCUAGGGGAAAUAUUACAACUAUCCGUGCGUUAGUAUAGCAAUGAUGUGAACUAUUUCUAAAAAAAAAAAGCACGCAAAGGGAAGUAGUCCAACUUCAAAUGGCGAGUUUUAACUGUGGAUGUUUAAAGAUUCUGUGUUAACUGGUAUCAUUUCAGCUGCAUUGAAUCUUCUGAAAACUUUCUAUUUUUCACUUUAGCCUGUCUGUUUUUAAGCAUCGGCAAAUCACAGUGUAGGAUCAUCUUAAAGAUUCAAUCAAUUCAUGGUAAAAUGGUAAAUGGCCUGUAUUUAUAUAGCGCUUUACUAGUCCCUAAGGACCCCAAAGCGCUUUACAUAUCCAGUCAUCCACCCAUUCACACACACAUUCACACACUGGUGAUGUAAUUCAUAAGUAGUCUUACAACACCAUCUAAUUUUGCAAGCCUGAGACCUCAUAAUUCAGACUAUUGGUAUUAAAAAUAUCUGGAUAUCUUGGAGAUCAGAAGUUAUAUCACAGUCGUAUGGACCAAUAGGAACUUAAAAUUAAUUUCUUAUAAAUUAUUUUGUUGGGUUCUUCUGUUAUUGAAAUGGUAGACUUUUCGUAUGAUGUUCAUUAAGGCAGAAAAGCAUGUAUUUGAAAGCCCCUACAAAGAGUUACUUAGUCACAAAACGAGGCCGUUCACAUCUACAUAAAAGAGUCAUUAGCCUGUUUUAAAGGCAUUGCAGAUUUAUAUUGAUCAGCAUCAUAUGCAUGUAGAAGUCUAUGCUCAAAAAAGAUCUGAGCAUAUGUCUAUAAUCUGCAUUAGGUGUAACCAUCACAUAGCAUUAAAACAAAUGGGGUGGGGUUGGUGAGUCUCGUUUGUUACUAUGACAGUUGUUACCACACUAACAAGGUCUGUCUGGUCCUCGGGGACUGUUCUUCAGGGGAAGACUAAUGAGUGCUCAACUGUGUGAGCAUUUAUGUGUGUAGGUGGGUGGUCCAGAUAGCACUCGUGUUGCGGGGCACUCCAUAUCACAUUUUGAAAGAUUAACAUCUGUAUCCACUGAGCUGCCUUGCACUAGGUGGAAAUUUUCAUGUUCCAAAAUCCUGAUAUCGUUAUUUGGAGUAAGUACUUCACUGAUACAGAGCACUGAGAACAAAAACCUUAAUCCAGAAAUGAUUGUCUCGAUAUAGUAAUAAUACUCUUUACUUUACUAUGAUACCAUCCUCCUGUAAUUUCUUAAAUAUGAUUUAUUGUUGCAGAUGCAAGUAUGGGACACAGCAGGUCAGGAAAGAUUUCGUACGAUCACCCAGAGCUACUACCGCAGCGCUCACGGCGCGGUGAUUGCCUAUGACAUCACACGGCGUUCAACUUUUGACUCAGUGAAGCACUGGAUAGAAGAGGUGGAGCUAUAUGGAGCAGCCAAUGUGGUUCUCGUCCUCAUAGGUAAUAAAUGUGACCUGGAGCAGGAACGGGAGGUUCAGUUUCAAGAAGCCUGCAAUCUGGCAAAACAAAAAGGCAUUUUGGCUGCACUAGAAACAUCUGCAAAGGAUAGUCAGCAUGUGGACGAAGCCUUCAUGCUGAUGGCCAGAGAGCUGCUGUCUCGUAACGGCCUUAACGUGCAGCCUGAAGACUCCGAGAGCAAGGACACGCCUCGAGUUCUGCUGCGAGCCAACUCUCGGCCAAUCAAUGGCACCAUAAGUGCCAACACACACACACCAGAAAAAAAAUCGUGUUGCUGAUACAAAUGCAGACAGGACAAGAAAAGGGACCGACGUUGGAUGUUGGCAGCAAGAGAAAGAUGGAGCUGAAGAACUGAAGGAGAUACAUCACUGUGGGAAUAAGGGCUCAAGAACAUUCAACAAUAUAUGCAUCGAGGGGAUUCAGGCAAUUAUCAGAAAAACAAGCAAGAAAACAACCAGUGUACUUUUUUGUGACUUACCUGACCUGAAAAAUAGUUGACCAGUCUUUUCAUUUAGAGAAUAACAGAGUGGUGAUGGGAGUAAUCAGUGUUGUGGGAAAGUUCCAGUAAACGUUUCUCAUUCAUGUCAAGCAUUACUUGGACUGCUUUUGUCUCCCAUUUAAUACCAUUUUAUUUCCACAAGAUGUCAUGAGGCUACUUAAAAUGAAUCCAGCAAUUCAUUUAUAAACUGAAGAGCUAUUAUGGCUGUUUUUACAAGUUACAAUCACACCUACUGGGAACAAAUGUGCAAUCAGUUAAACACAAAAAAGUCCCAAUUUUCUUUCUUACUUUCUUUUUUUUUUUGUUGAAGUUUUUUCUUUGUGCCUUUAUAGAGUUUUUGAAAAGCCAGUUGAAAGAACAAUUAGAUGUUGUACUAAAUGCUUUCAGA